AUGUCGGCGCCUCCUGUGCAGAGCCCGGCUUUCCAGGCCAGACCUGGAGCAGCUUCGACUGCGAACAAUCAAGGCAAGACUGGGCAGAUCCGAUGCAUGAACGGCAAGGAGUGGCAGGACCGCUCUGCUUUCAACCCCAAGAGACUUAGAGAGUACGAGAACAUGCGCCGUUCCAACAAAGCAGUCACAGCGUACAACUCCUUCAUCUCGUGCAAAGCCCAUUCAGGACAUGAUCCUAGGGACCAGCAAUGCCAGGGCAGCUGCAUGCGUAUUUUGCCCUUGGAGAAGUUCAGCAAGAAUUCCAGAAGGCUGCGCACCUACAAGUGCAUUGAUUGCACUCAGCAUCAGCUAUACCUCCAGCCUCAUGCUACUGUUCCUGCUCCAAACACUCUUUUGACCACUGCAGAGAAGGAGGAGCUUGCUCGCGCUCGCCUCCGCCGCAAGGCCAGAUUGGUUGCUGCUCUGGCUUAUGAAGACGAGGACGAGGAGGAUGAUGAUGAUUCCCUCUACCGCGACGAUCAGUCUGUUCUCUCUGCUGCCUAUGGUGCCGGAAGCACUGUCUCGGGUGCUAUCACUGGCAGCCAGUCUGUUUACUCUUCGAGGUAUUCGGAGGCCGGUACAGGUUACAGCAGCCAGAAUCAACCGCCCCAUAUGCGCAGCGAGAAUGGCUUUGCCGCCACCAGCGCUUUGGCGGCCCGGUUGAACCAAGAUAGCUCCUCUCCCAGUGUCAAUGCCUGGCGCGCUCAGGAUUUCUUUUCCGACAGCUACACUGCGGUUUCGACCUCAAGCAAUGCAGGUUAUGUCCCGAGUGACGCUCUCUUGACUGACGGACAAUCCACUCUCGGCCCCGAAGAUUCAGGUUCGGUUGCUGCUGCCCCAGACGAUGACGAAGAGAACAACGACCGUCCAACCGCUCAGCGCAAGCUCAUUGCCGAUCACACGACUGUUACGGAGUUUUUCGAAGCUGAGGAGUCGUGGAGGGUUGAUCGCAUUAAGGAGUCUCUGUCGGGUAAUUGGGUCAAGCUGCCCGGUCGCAAAACAUUGCCCGAAGUCCCUCGUUACCUCAGAGAUGGCGAGGAUGAUUACGACAAUGAUGCGUACUCUUUUGAUGGCGAGUCUGAGGACGAGCUGUAA